AUGGCAAUUGAGUCAUGUGAAAAAAUAGGAAUGGCAGAGAUGUUGCUCACUGUCGUAAUUGGUUUCGUUCAUGAGACACUCGAACAACAGUCCCCUGUAGCGACUGAACUCCGUCUCGUCAUGGGGACUCGGCACUCGCGCCAGACCGGCCAGGCGGUAUCCUUUCCAUUUGGCGCUGAAGAGGCUGGCGAUCUCGAGGAUGAACGCGGACAAAAUGAACACCAGACAAGCCGACAUGAGAAUGACAAAAGACACCCGACGCCUUCGACAGGCUCGUUUGCCCAUCGACGUCUGGAACCAUUUUUGCGUUGUCGACAACAUUGCGCUUCAACGAGCCAACUCAGCGCCCCACGAAGACGCGUUGUUGCACACUUUUGA